GCAUUGGGAGUUCUUGAAGGGAAAUGAUGAAAAUGGUGUAUGAAAAGUGCUUUGCUUGCAGUAUCUUAAAGGGAGCAAUGUUUUGGUACUUAUUUUCCUUGAAGGGAAAUGACGAAAAUGGUGUAUGAAAAGGUGGACAACUUGAUAUGGGGGGAGGCACAUAGGUUUGCUAAUUCUGUUUCUGGGCUGGCCUAUGAGAUGGAGAUCAAGCAAACUUCAGAAGGUUUCAGGUACCAAAUUAAGUAGGCUUAUGCACAUAAGCUUCUUCAUUGUUUCCCUUCUGGAAACAAAAUUGUUCUCGUAUUAAUUGGUUGGUUCGCAUGCAUGUGCAAUAAUUGUGUGUCGAAGCACCGGUCCUAAUUUUUCAGUGGCGCUCCACAUAAGCAGGAUCUAUACUAAUUGUUCCAUUGACUGCUCUCCGGUUCAGCAGCGGGCAAUGCUCAAGACAGAGUUGGGCGCACAUCAUAUAUAUACAUAUGUUGUCAUGUCUUAAUAAAUAGAGAUGAGCAGAAGUAGAGAUGAGAUAUCUAUCCGACUGUCAUCCUUCCAAGACUUGGGCUUGUCAUCUCUGUCAGCGUCCGCUUCUGCUUCCUUCGCUGGUUGUCGUUUCUUUGUACACUGCUGUAGUUUAGAGAUCAAUAUAUAUUUUCCAUGGAUACAAUUGAAUACGACACCCAAUUUGCUAUAUAAUUGUUCAACUCUCUCUCAUAGCGAUUCAUACAAAAUAUCAUGCAUAGUGGUCCCAGCUUAAGUAGAAUAUAACCAUUGGAUUGUUCAAACUUUGCUCGUGUUUCGCAGGGCACCAUAACUCUAAUCCGACAUGAGGAGUGCAACCACGAUAGUGAGCAGUGGAACUGCAAGAUAGAGAUAGAUACAAGUAGAAUAUAACUGGUCAUAUUUCUAAAAUGAUCACACUACUUAUAGUGCCGGAAGAGAAGGCAUCAGUGAUAGUGGGCUUGGUGAUGAGGGCAUCAAUACGAAGAGAUUAAUUCACAACUUUGUUCUUGAUAGGUUGUACAAAUAUACAAGGGGUUUCAGUGCAGGACUGCUACUUGCUCGAUUAGUUAGAUCAACUGGUGUUUGGAGAUUUCAGUGCGAGUGAUGUUCCAGUUUCGAUUGCAGGGCUUCGAGAUGCACCAUGAGGAUCUGACUGUUAGACUUGCGAAGCUAGCAACCUAUGAUCAGAUUAAGGCUGCCAUCAAGGAAGAGUCUGAGGGAAACGUCAAGGGCAUUUUGGGUUACGUUGAUGAGGACCUUGUUUCCACUGACUUCCAGGGUGACAACAGGUCCAGCAUCUUUGAUGCCAAGGCCGGGAUUGCCCUGAACGACAACUUUGUCAAGCUUGUCUCCUGGUACGACAAUGAGUGGGGAUACAGCACCCGCGUUGUCGACCUCAUCCGUCACAUGCACAGCACCAAGUAAAUGAGAGGCAUGAAGAUAUAGGGGAGAGUGGUUUGCCCCAGAGGAGUGUUCAAAGCCUCUUCUUCUGAGAAUCAAAUUUUGUAUGGAAUUAUGUCAGCUAAAAACCUUUUAUUGGAUGUAUCCUGAUGGUUGAAACAAGUCUUAUAUAGGGCUGCUAAAUUAUUA